GCCAGAGGCAGCGCCCUGGGAUCCAGCGGCAGGUGGCGACGGCUUGCUCGGUACCCCUUCUUUGUGAGAAGAGCAGAGAAAUGGCCGAGGUCGGAAGCAGGGAGCAGUUUGGGGCGCUUCUCAAAGUUCUCCAGCCGGCGGGUGCCUACCGGAGGCUGGGGCCCGCACCUCUGGUCCGGCUCCGCCGCUUCUACCCUGCCAGCUCUGGGGGGAAAGGCCGCCAAGGGACCGCAGGAGGCCAGCGCCCCGGGGAGGGGGUCCAAAGACUCACUUUGUGUGGUGUUUACACUGGGGACGGACUGGGUGCGGAAGGGACUGGGUAGAGAAGUUACCUGGAAUCAACUGAAUUCCUGCACUUGCUUAGUGUUGACAUUUGAAUCAAGUCCAAGAUGUCCUGCUUUUUUUUUUUUUUAUCCUGGGCAGCCGUGACAUGUCAGCAACAGGCGGAGGUUCCGGACCUGGAAUCUUAUAGCAAAGGCUCCGCUGUAUUUCUUGAGAGAGGGUGUCUGAACUUCCUCAGGAUCCGGGGCACAAAGCGAUCUGUUUAUGAGAUCCGGCAAGGGUUGCUGUACGGGGUCACUGCACUGAGUCCAAGCUGGUGUGCACAGUCUGCGCGGUGGCCGCCCCGGCGCUGGAGUCACCAUGGCGGCGGGAGUGGCAGCCUGGCUGCCUUUUGCGAGGGCUGCGGCCAUCGGGUGGAUGCCAGUGGCCAACUGCCCCAUGCCCCUGGCCCCGACCGACAAGAACAAGCGUCAGGACGAGCUGAUCGUGCUCAACGUGAGCGGGCGAAGGUUCGAGACCUGGCGGACCACGCUGGAGCGCUACCCGGACACGCUGCUGGGCAGCACGGAGAAGGAGUUCUUCUUCAACGAGGACACCAAGGAGUACUUCUUUGACCGGGACCCCGAGGUGUUCCGCUGCGUGCUCAACUUCUACCGCACCGGGAAGCUGCACUACCCGCGCUAUGAGUGCAUCUCGGCCUAUGACGACGAGCUGGCCUUCUACGGCAUCCUCCCCGAGAUCAUCGGCGACUGCUGCUACGAGGAGUACAAGGACCGCAAGCGGGAGAACGCCGAGCGGCUGCAGGACGACCUCGACUCGGAGAACAACCAGGAGUCCAUGCCCUCGCUCAGCUUCCGCCAGACCAUGUGGCGCGCCUUCGAGAACCCGCACACCAGCACAAUGGCCUUGGUCUUCUACUACGUGACUGGCUUCUUCAUCGCCGUCUCGGUCAUCACCAACGUGGUGGAGACGGUGCCGUGCGGCACGGUGCCCGGGAGCAAGGAGCUGCCGUGUGGCGAGCGCUACUCGGUGGCCUUCUUUUGCCUGGACACGGCGUGUGUCAUGAUCUUCACUGUGGAGUACCUCCUCCGGCUCUUCGCCGCGCCCAGCCGCUACCGCUUCAUCCGCAGCGUGAUGAGCAUCAUCGACGUGGUGGCCAUCAUGCCCUACUACAUCGGCCUGGUCAUGACCAACAACGAGGACGUGUCGGGCGCCUUCGUCACGCUGCGGGUCUUCCGCGUCUUCCGGAUCUUCAAGUUCUCCAGACACUCGCAGGGCCUGCGGAUCCUGGGCUACACGCUCAAGAGCUGUGCCUCCGAACUCGGCUUUCUCCUCUUCUCCCUCACCAUGGCCAUCAUCAUCUUCGCCACUGUGAUGUUCUACGCCGAGAAGGGCUCCUCUGCCAGCAAGUUCACAAGCAUCCCUGCCUCCUUUUGGUACACCAUUGUCACCAUGACGACACUGGGCUACGGGGACAUGGUGCCCAAGACGAUCGCCGGGAAGAUAUUCGGGUCCAUCUGCUCCCUGAGCGGCGUCCUGGUCAUCGCCCUGCCGGUGCCCGUGAUCGUCUCCAACUUCAGCCGGAUCUACCACCAGAACCAGAGAGCGGACAAGCGCAGGGCGCAGAAGAAGGCCCGCCUUGCCCGGAUCCGUGUGGCCAAGACAGGCAGCUCCAAUGCCUACCUGCACAGCAAGCGCAACGGGCUCCUCAACGAGGCUCUGGAGCUGAUGGGCACCCCGGAGGAGGAGCAUGUGGGCAAGACCACCUCGCUCAUCGAGAGCCAGCACCACCACCUGCUGCACUGCUUGGAGAAAACCACUGGGUUGUCCUAUCUUGUGGAUGAUCCCCUGUUGUCUGUACGAACGUCCACCAUCAAGAACCACGAGUUCAUAGACGAGCAGAUGUAUGAGCAGAACUGCCUGGAGAGCUCGAUGCAGAACUACCCGUCCACGAGAAGCCCCUCGCUGUCCAGCCACCAGGGCCUCACGACCACCUGCUGCUCCCGUCGCAGUAAGAAGACCACACACCUGCCCAACUCCAACCUGCCGGCCACCCGCCUGCGCAGCAUGCAAGAGCUCAGCACCAUCCACAUCCAGGGCAGUGAGCAGCCCUCCCUCACCACCAGUCGCUCCAGCCUUAAUCUGAAAGCAGACGACGGACUGAGACCAAACUGCAAAACAUCCCAGAUAACCACAGCCAUCAUCAGCAUCCCCACACCCCCAGCGCUAACCCCCGAGGGGGAGAGCCGGCCACCCCCUGCCAGCCCAGGCCCCAACACGAACAUUCCUGCCAUAGCCAGCAACAUCGUCAAGGUCUCCGCCUUGUAAAACCACUGGACACAGGGCCAUGUGGGCAGUGGGAGUGAGGCGGCUGGCAUGUUGGUGGAUGGCCACUGGACCACCCCGUCCCCUUCUCCCUGCCCCACUGCCCCCUCCCCAGCACUGAAACUCAUGCCGGGGAGGAACAAGAGCAGCAGAGGGGCCCCAAGGUUCACAGGUGUGGACACAGCCCUGUGGUCCUGCCUCCCAGGGGCCAGAGGAAGGGAGGAGGGUAGGGGAUGGGAUGUGGGGGCAGAGGCUGCUGCAUGCCAGGACAGGGACUGGAGGGGGAGCCUCAGACCAAAUAGCAAUUGCUUCUGGAGACCCCAGUGAGGAAAACAGGAGACCGAGAGCAGCACAGAGGCCCAAUUGACACAUGCAAAACAGGAAGAAAAUAUAACACUGUGUAUCUAAGCACCUUUUCAAGGCUCUUAAUGGAUAAUAUUUAUUCAGGGGAAAAGGUGGAAAACAAAAACACCAACGGAUUUUUGUGCACCGUUUUUCUCCAUGGACCCAGUACCUUUGAACCAAAACAACGCAUUUUGUGAGGUUUGGUUUUGUGUGUGUGUGUUUUUUCCUCCUUUUAUAGCAAAAGCUUUUAGGCUAAGCAGCCAGUUACUGCUGAGUUAUCUCUCCAUCCCCCCAGGUGGGUGAGGUCAGCAGAGCCCCCAUUGCCCUGCCAACCUGCAGAGCUGCCAUGACCACACAGCAACAUGUCCCCUGUCUGUCCGUCCCCUUUGUCUCCGUCUCUCUCUGCUUCACCCCUGGCUGUUUGUCCGUUGUCCAGCGUCUGUGUCUACAUGUACCCUGGUGGCCCCGAGACAUGCCAGGGAAGCUUCCCCACGCAGGCACCUGCAGCUGAGUGCCUGGAAGUGGUGCAUGUGGAUGCAGCUGGGGAAGAGGGAGGAGGGAAGCGCCCUGCAAGAACCCAGUGCUCCCCUGGAGGUGGAACCCCGGGUGUUCGUUUCCAUGUCUGGCUUAGAAGGAGAAUGACCGGAUCUAUCACACUGGGAUAUCGAAAACGGAAUCAACCGGCGCAUGGUGCAUGCCAGUGGAGAGGACAGAAGAGCCAGGGCUCGCCGCCGCCCAUGGCUCCCACCAUCAAGCCCACCCACAGCUACGCCCAGAGGCCACUUCCCUGCAGAGGGCGGCGGUGCAAGGACCACAGGCUGCACCAACGUGCAAAAGCAAGAGAUUCUCGAUGAUCCUUACCUGGUCUGAAAGGUGUCCUGAGUUCUGAAGUCUUCAGGCCUAAUGUCCCUGGAGACCCCCAGAGUGGGGGCGAGAUGGUGCCCUCGUGCAGGUGAGGGGGUGAAGAUUAUUCCUGGGAACCUGGGCGCUUCUGUUCUGGUGGCUCUGCAGUCCUCUCCACUUCCACUGCUUACAGCAGACCCCGACCCCCAGCGGCCCUACUGCAGCCCUCUAGCCUGCGCGCUGAGGUACAGCCGCUCUCAGGAGCUCCGUGGCCAUUCUCCAGCUGAGUGAUUAGCUGUGUAACUAGGCCAGGAAUCUGCCCGCCACGGCCAUGUAGGUGCGUUUCACCGGCCAGGAGCCUGAGAACACCUUGGGUGGGCUUCCCUGUGAACCCUGCUCUAGUGACCCUGUACAGCAGGGAAGACAGGGCUAGGAGGUGGCCCCUAACUGGAAGGUGGGCAGAGGAGAGGGAGCCUUCCACCUUUAUCUCCUUUGCUAACCUCAUCGACCACGGACUGAGGCCUUUCUCUGGCCCCAAGGAUUUCCCCCUAACACGAGAAUGGGUGGUCCUGGCCCUCUGAGCUUAUGGUGCAAGUAGGCAGAAAAGCUUUACAACAGGAAUUCGUGUACACACCCAACCGGAACACACCUUCGAAUAAGUACGCAAACCCCAUCACUUCACACACCCGAGGGCAGGCAGAGGACCUGGCUGGACUCCGUUCAGAGAGCAGGCAGAGGACCAGAAAAGGAAGUUUUCUUUUGAAAGAAUGGACAAUGGAACAGAGUUAGGAAUGUCUAGAUAUCCAAGUUUACAUCCUGGGAACUGAGUGGGAUACGGGAUCAAGACGCAAAUAAGAACACUGUUGCUUACACAGUCACACUGCCGGUGUGUAAGAAAGGUCCUCCCAGGGCCAGAGCAAUGACUCACCCAACCCAGGAUGUCCCAUCCUGCAUCGGGAGCACACAGUGUCCCCACAAAAUUAACGAGCCAAUUUUAAUCAUCAUAUCCCAGAUAAUUUCCCGUUUUUUGACCCUAAUGAACUCAAUGUUUGUAUUCCUCCAGUUUCAUUUCCAAGCCCCACACUCCGCCAGUUCCUAGGAGAAAUGGCAAGUUAGACUCUCCCUUUGCCCCUGCCCGGCAGGGUGGCCUUAGCCAGGAGAAGACCCACUUGCCUCUGGUCCAAAGGAAGACGCCAUCCAACCGAGGACAGUGGCUCAUCUACUCUUACACUGAGUCCAGCCAGACCGCGCUGCUGCGUCUGGACGGAAACAGGAGGCCAGUGUGCUGAGCGGCCUCGUCGGUCUCGCUCACUGGCCUGUGACCGAAGAACCAGAUGCCAGGGUCUUCCGCGCAAUGGCUUUCUGGUGCAACGACCUUGAGCUUUCAUAGCUCAUCAACCACUUCAGCAUAGUAGAAGGUCCCCCGAACCACUCAGCAUUCAAGAGGGUUAAAAAGAAACCAAUGAAUAGGCCACAUUCAGAUGCAUGGAAACCUAGGAAAUAAAGUAUUGAGAGUCUAUCAGAACUAGAGGAGGCUAAAGACUCUUCUAUAGGUUAGAGAAAGCUGAAGCUUUCCAGGGGAAUUAAAUGACUUGCUCCAGGUCAUACAGUCAUUUAAUGUCAGAGCUGGGACCAGAGCACAAGUCCCUCGGCUGUCCGUCCAGUGCUUUUCCCCACUGCCUGGCAGAGCAGUGAUGCCUCAGAGAAGAGCCAUCAGAGGAUAAUGCUGUAACUACAGGCCUGAUCUUAUGCAGAUGGCAGCACUGCAUGGACUCUGCUACCACAAACCAGCCCCUGGACACCACCACUCCCUGGGCAGAGCUGGCCUGGACAGUCGACUCUGAGAAGCAGGUGCACAAGUGAACAGCCAGGUGUUUGUCAAAUGCUCUCUUCCCAGUGCAGAGCGGGCGUGGACGUUUCAACGCCUACCUGCGGGGUCCUCUGGUCCCAACUGCGACCUCUGGUGUAGUAGGUCAGGCACUAAAUCCUGGAUGGGCAGGAAGAAGCUGAGUGACCUCCGCAUUCACACAGCACAACUGUGAUUGAAGCCAGGGCUCUGUCCUCCACGUCACGUUGCAUUACUUGGAGGCUUGCUUAUAUUUUUAGCACCUGGAUGUCAAGGGUGGUGAUUAAACGUGAGCAGACAUUCCAUUCAGAACCACGCUGAGCCAGGACCCCCCCCCUCCCCCCCAAAGCAAACUCUGGACGAGUCCUCUUUCGCCCCCUAUUUUCAUAACUAAUGUUGAGCUCAGGACUAAUUGCAUAGAAUCCUGUUCACAAGGCCAGACAUGCUCAAUGACAGUUGAACACAACUGUCUACAAUCACACAGGAGUAUAAGACCAGCAAGUAGAAAGUGAAAUUAAGAAAAAGAACCUGAACAGAAUGUAAAGUGGACAGUUUGUGCUCAUCUAUACUAACAAAAAGUCAACUUGUGGACAUGCUGAGGACUUUACCCAGUUUUCAAACUAGGAUUCCCAUAGUUCAGGAUCAUGUCACUUACUAGAAUACAAGCAGGGGAAGUGUCCAUUAAAACAUGUACCUGGAUUUUGUUCCUUUUUUAAAAAAAACAACCUGCACAGGUAAUCACUGAAAUUGAACUAAACUUAGACCUUGGGGUUAUGAAUGAAUUCCAGUGGUCCAGACACCCUUACUGCAACUACCAGGUAACUAACUGCAAGGCAGAAAACUCAGUGCUGGGAUCUUAGAUUACUAAGGCGAAGCUUUAAAACGACUGGAUGAAGGAGAAAUUGUUACCCUCGGAGCCCAAACAGCAUCAUGAAAAGCAUCAUUCGAAUGAACAGAAAGUGGUUAUCAGCAAAAGAAACAGCUAAAGGGGUUCCUUUUCAGUCUUGUUUUCUAUUUAGAAUGUUCUAUGUUCUUCUCAUCAUGUGUGGGAUGACAUUUGUCUUAGCAGGUUACUUAACUACACUGGAUGAUGUCACUCCAACCAGGGCAGGGCACUGACUCAAGUCCUGGGGCUCCUUGGACCAACAGACUAUUUUACAAACCUGGGAGGUGGGAGGGAUGGUAUAUUUUUGAUAACCAGACAUUCCAAUGUAAUGUUUUCCUUAGCAGUCACUCCCCCCGCCCCCAUUAAUGUUAUCGUGAAAAAUAUCAAGUGUGUUCUUUUCUAUUUUCGUAUAAUAAAUGGGCUUUGCUUACCAACAUCACAAUGGCAAAGAAAAACUACUGUACAAAACUGCAGGAAGAUAAACAUGUGAAAACUUUCUAUGGAAAAAAAGAGAAAAAAAUACUGAGUUUCCUGUCGUCUUCUUUUGAAACUGUAGUGCGUAUGUUACAACGUGUAUCAUUUACAGUAUUGAGUCACGUGCCACUGCUGUACCGGAUGUAUCCAAUCUGGAUUAAACUAUGUGCCACAAACCCUAAAA